AUGAAUGAAACACAAAUAUCGCAAGGUUCGGUUUCUUUUCAAGAAGCUAUCAACAUAAAUGGUGAUAUCCAGUUUGACAACGUCAAUUUUGCUUAUCCAGCUCGAUCGGAUGUCUUAGUCCUACGAAAUCUCACAUUGACGGCUCGUGCCGGUGAGACAACAGCUUUAGUCGGUUCAAGUGGUUCUGGUAAGAGCACAUGUGUUUCACUUCUACUUCGUUUUUAUGAGCCUUUAUCGGGCUGCAUUAUAAUUAAUGGUCGAUCAAUCACCGAUUGCAAUUUCAAACCAUUACGACAAAAUAUUGGUGUUGUCAGUCAAGAACCUGUCCUCUUUGCCACAAGUAUCUAUGAAAAUAUUCGCUUUGGUAAAGAAAAUGCAACAAGAGCGGAAAUUGAAGAAGCAGCACGUCAAGCCAAUGCACACAAUUUCAUUAUGCAAUUACCGAAUAAAUAUGGCACAAUAGUCGGUGAACGUGGUGUUCAAUUGAGUGGUGGUGAAAAACAACGUGUGGCUUUAGCUCGUGCUCUUGUCAAACGACCUGCCUUGCUUUUGUUGGAUGAAGCAACAAGUGCUCUUGAUAAUACCAAUGAAAUGGUUGUCCAAAAAGCACUCGAUCAAGCAUGCAAAGGUCGAACAACUGUUGUGAUAGCUCAUCGUUUAUCAGCAGUUCAAAAUGCACAUCGAAUUUAUGUUUUGGAUAAUGGAUGUGUCAUCGAACAAGGUACACACGAGGCACUGAUGUCACAAGAAGGAAGUCGAUAUUGUGAGAUGAUGAAAGCUCAAGAGAGUGAAAAAGCAGAAAAUGACAUCGAUGAAAAAACGAGUACUGCACCAAUCGAAGAUGACGAUCAAAAACAAAUAUCUGGACAUUCUCUACAUCCUAGCCAUAGUGAAUUUGACGACGACAAUAAAGCAUUUGGAGCGUGUACUUAUGAAGAACGAAAACAUCAAAUUUUAAAAUUUUCUCUUCUGUUCUUGUUGAUGGGUAUUGUUCUUUUGGCUAUACGUUUUAUUCAAUACACUGCAUUUGCUAUAUCUGGCUCAAAAUUGGUCGAGCGUAUUCGUAUUAAAGCUUUUGCGCACUAUCUGCGUCAAGAAAUGUCUUUCUUUGAUCAUCUUGAAAAUAGCUCUGGAGCUAUUUGUAAUCGUCUCUCAUCCGAUGGGUUGGCUGUUCAGCAGAUGGUUGGCAGUUAUUUAGGCAUUGUUUGUGAAUCAGUCGCAACAUUUGGAGUUGGUCUUGUUAUCGGUUUUUUUUUCAGUUGGCAGUUGGCAUUAACUGUACUCUUCUAUAUUGUCAUUUUGUUUGUUGUUGCUUUCAUGCAAAUACGUCGGCAAGCACGAUUGAACAAACGCUGUGAUUAUGUUUUUGGAUUAGCAAGUUCGUUCGCUGUCGAAAUCAUUCACAAUAUGCGUACGGUGAAGCAAUUAACAAGUGAGACAGAAUUUCUACGUCAAUUCUCAGAUUUAGUUCUUCAGGAGUUCAGGACGCGACAGCUGAGUGACUCUUUGUCAGCAGCUCGAAGUUUCUUCAAUUUAUUUAAUCGAACAUCAGCUAUCGACAAUAGUUCUAUCAAUGGGCUACAAUUGAGUGAUUUCAAAGGCGCAAUCGAAUUUGAUCAAGUGAAAUUUGCAUAUCCAUGUCGGCCGACAUCCUACAUUCUGAAUAAACUUCAUUUGACUAUCAAACCUGGCCAGCGUGUGGCUCUUGUAGGCAUAUCUGGUUGUGGUAAAUCGACAGUCAUUCAGCUUUUGGAACGAUUCUACGAUCCCAUGCAGGGUCGAAUCUGUCUCGAUGGUGUUGAUAUUCGACAACUAAAUAUACAAUGGCUUCGCUCAUCUCUUGGUCUGGUUAGUCAAGAGCCUAUCUUGUUUAAUUUGACUAUUGCUCAAAACAUAGCCUAUGGUAAAGAGAAUGCUUCGAUUGGAGAUAUUAUUGAAGCAGCCACCAAAGCAAACAUUCAUCAUUUCAUUCAGCAGUUAUCUCAAGGUUAUGAGACUAGAGUAGGUAUGAAAGGUAGUCACUUGUCAGGUGGUGAGAAACAACGCAUUGCCAUUGCUCGAGUUCUUCUUCGUCGACCAAAGAUAUUGCUGUUAGAUGAAGCAACAAGUGCCAUGGACUUUUACAAUGAACAGGCCGUGCAAGAAGCUCUUGAAAAAGCUGAAACAGAGAAUCCAACUUGCACUUCACUGAUCAUUGCUCAUCACACAUUACCUGAAAUUAGAAUGUAUAUGGAACUUAUGUAUCCAAAUUGGAAUGAACUUACACAAAAUACAUGUGAAUCAUCUUAUCUAACGUAA